AAUCCUUUCAUGUACGUAUCAAGCUUUUCAAAACCUGUUCUGGAAAACCAAAUAGAAUCGCAAACGACACACCAUUUCGCCCUGCCAAAUCAUCCGUGGAUAUAGUUUAGAAGAAAAAAAGAAUUCGAUAUGUUUUCCUUCACGUAUUGGUGCAAAUGGAUCACUGCUUACUUAUACACAUCGAUAUUCAGGCGUUCCUUAAAGCCCAGGUUCAACUCUUUCGAUAUGGAUGCGGACGGUGACCCUUACAAAACAGAUUUCCUUCCGUAUCCUGAAGAAAUAACUUUGGAGUCACCCCUGCCUGAAUCUGAGUUGAUCAGUACGGUGGAUGAAAUAUUCUUUUAUGGUGUGAACUCAAAAUCCGAGUAUCUCAUUACUCGCAUUGCAAGAGGAACCAAUAAAGAAGCAGAGGCUUGGAUUUACUUGAGGUUAGCUAAUGGAAAAAUCUACCAGCUGCAAGAGUCAUCUGGUUUUCAGCAAUCAAGCAGUAAUAAGAGAACGUUUUCUUGCGGUGGACUGCAGAUUCAUUACUUAAAGCCGAUGAGAAGAUGGAGAAUAUUUUUCAAUGGUCUUCUCAAGGAAUCGAGUGAAGAUGGUACACCAUCAAACAAAAAGGUGCACGUGAAGUUUGCCUUAAUAUGGCGAGCGUCAACUGACCCAUUCGAUUUUAGAACAGAUGUAAAGAGUAAAGCUUUAACAGCUAGUUUGGCUAAGAGUGAAUGGAAACAGUACACGCCACCACUGGGAAAGUUGUUCAAUGCUCUAGAUUUCUAUGCUCAGUGUGGAAUAAUUAUGGGAAAGGUCUACGUAGAUGAAAAUGAAGAGUUUGAUAUGUACUUAUUUGGAGAGAGACUAAGAUUUUUUGGUGAUGUUUCUUCUAUGGAAGGAAUGGAAUUUUUUCAUGUUUUAGGACAUGUGUGUAAAAAUGGGCGAUUUAUACAUGUGAUAGAAGUGUCAUUGCCAGAUGUUGUAGACAAGCUUAAAUUUGGAUUUGCUACUCUUUUAACGGGUGGAUUGCUACCUCUUGAUGGCAAUGACUGCAUUUUGGAAAAGUUUGUUGAUGAAAAUGAUGUUAAAGCCAUAAUUCAAGCUGGCGUUAAAUUCUUUCAGUUGAAAGGGACAUUCACCGGAAUUCAAAAUAAUUUCCACAAUGAUGAAGAUAGGGAAAGAUAUCUAACAAUUAGCUGUCUUGACUUUGAAUUGAAUUCACUGUCAGUUAAAGAAAGAAAAUUAUUGCUUGGAAAAGAAUUUAAUUCAUUUGCAGAAGGACAGGCAGGAAAAGGAAUUGUUAUAAAAGGGAAAAUUAGGAAUAUAUCCAGAAAAACCUUUCCAAAGCCAUCAACCUUUCCCAGUCAGUCAGCUACUGCACUUGUUGUACACUUCUCAGAAGGAAUAUGUCAAAAUUCAGAUCUAACAGGUGGGAAAGGAUCAUCUUUAGGGAAACUUACAGAACUUAGCAAGGAGCUUCAAAAUCAGUUUGUGGUGCCAAAUGGAAUAAUUGUUACUACAAACGCUUACGAAUUAUUUGUCACGGAUGAUAUCUUGAAAGAAAUAAGGAAUUUAGAAUAUGUUCUUUAUCGGGACAAAAUUGAUGAAACGAAAUUUGCAUGUCUAGCGUUAAUGGAGGAAGUUAUAAUAGCAUCAAUACCUGAUGCAGUUCACCAAGCUAUCGUUAUGAAUUUACAGAAUGCAUUUCCUGAUAAAAAACAAGAUCUAAAGUUUGCUAUUCGUUCAUCUGCAACUGGGGAAGACACAGAGCAGAUGUCCGCAGCUGGGCAAAUGGAAACUUAUCUUGGGGUAUCUGGCAUCAGUGAGAUUAUGAAUGCAAUAAAAAAAUGCUGGGCAUCACAAUUUAGUUACAUUGCUGUUCAAUAUAAAAGGCAAAAUGGUCAAAUGAUAAACACUCCCAUGGCUGUUGUUAUACAAGAAAUGAUUCCUUGUGACAUCGCUGGCGUUCUUUUCACAUGUAAUCCUCUAACAGGGAAUCCAUUGACAAUGAGCAUUUCUGCCAAUUAUGGACUAGGUGAGUCUGUGGUGUCAGGAUCAGAAGAACCGGAUACAAUUGAGAUAGAAAGACUAGAUGAAGAUAAUUUGACAAUAAAGAACAAAAUAGUUGGUUCAAAAGGCCAUAAAAUUGUUUUGAAAGAUGACGGUGGCAUCCAUACUCAGGAUGUUGUUGAGCAAGAAAAAGAGUCGUGCUGUUUAUCGGAUAACAUGGCUCUACAGCUAGGACAUUUGGCUUUAAAAAUUGAAAAAAGUUACGGAUCACACAGAGAUAUAGAGUGGGGAUUUUGGAAUAACAACUUAUACAUUUUUCAAUCCAGACCUGUAACAACUGGUGCCGGAGAAACAGAUUUUGAAAUUGAUCAUGAAUUUGAUGGAGCCCUUCGCUGUGAAAAUGAAACUUUCGCUGUGUGCAACGUUGGGGAAGUAUUUCCUGGUGCAACAUCUCCUUUAGGAUUAGAUAUCAUUUUGAAGUACUUCAAACAAGUUUGGGAGAGCAAGCGUUUUCUGAGCUCCAUUCCGGGACAGCUACCUCGAUACUAUGCAAAAGGAUUGGUAUCAAUGUACCGUCAUAUCAUGUUUUAUUGCAUUGAUAUGCUCAGGCAUUUAUCCGAAGAUUACUCUCGAGCACAAUCAAUGGCUCUGUCAUUUUUCGGAAGGGAAGUACGUGACGAAGAACUUUUUGAAAUGGUAAGAGAAAGAUACAGUGAUGGUCAUGAGAAAAUACUGAGUAAGGAGAUGCACCUUAAAAUUCUUUACAGGGCAUUUUAUGGCAACAAAUUGAGACUGAAAAAACUUUAUGAGACUUAUAAAGGAUAUACUUUGUCAUCUAUUACAUAUAGCAGCGCUCAAGAACUAUUUGACCAUCUGUUACUAAAUUUCUCAGACUUAACUUUGACUAUGGGAUCCCAUUCAAUUAUGACUGAAGUCGCUUGCAUUUUGAACAUUGCAAUAUUCACUAUUCUACAAAAAGCCUACGGAGAAAUCAACUCUGAUGUUUAUAAUGAUUUUUCUAAAUUGCUAAUAUCUAGCGAAGUGGAGAGUGCAGAUGUUCCAUCAGCAAUGGAGAGCUUAGCAUUCUCCAUUUCCAAAGAAAUUAAGUCAGAAGACUUCAAAAGCAUGAAAAUAGAGGACGCCCUGCAAUGGUUAGAAUCAUCAACAACUACUGCUGGAGAAAAGUAUCGAGAAUUUUUGAGGAAGCACGGCCAUCGAUGUUUGAGAGAAUUUGAUGUCUAUACAUUAACAUGGGGAUCAGAUCAGCAACCCCUUGUGAAAUUAUUGCAGAGUCUAGUAGGAACUGUUACAAAAGAAAAACAUGAGAAAAAGCAGGAAGAUUUGGAACAAUUAAUUUCUGAAUUGAAAGCCCCCCUGACUUAUACAUCCAAAUUUUUCUUAAAAAAGAUUCUUCCAUUAAGUCGAAAAGCUGUUCAAAACAGAGAACACUCAAAGUCUAUUCAUAUGAGAAUUGUGAACGAGUGGCGAAAGGAAUGUAGGAAUCUCGCCAAAAUGAUGGUUCUGGAAGGACGGAUUCCAGAUGAGGACCUCCUCUUCUUCAUGACUUUGGAGGAAAUAAAAGAAUUAUUUGAGACGAGAUCACCAAGGAUCAUUUCAAAAGCUAAUCAUAGACGCAGACGGCAACCAAUUAUUGACAGGUACAUUUUCCCUGAAGUGUGUAAGGGCUUUCCGAAACCGGUUAAUGCCGAUAAGAAAAUUGUAGUGAAUAACGAUGACAAUUUUUCAAUGAAAGGAAUACCUGUUAGUCAAGGUCAGGUUACUGGUGUAGUUCGUGUAGCCCUCGAUUUGGAAGAAGCAUCUCUUUUAAAGACUGGCGAAAUACUGGUGACUUAUUGCACAGAUAUUGGAUGGACUCCCUAUUUCCCUAUCUUAGGAGGAGUUGUCACAGAACUCGGAGGUCUUAUAUCGCAUGGAGCUGUGGUAAGUCGUGAAUAUGGUCUGCCAUGUGUUGCGGGGUUACAUGGAGCGACACAACAGUUUAAAACGGGUGACUAUGUACUGUUGGAUGGAAACAAAGGAAUUUUACAAAGGCUCCCUAAGCCAGAAGAUUUGUGAAAAUUCAAUCAUUAAAUUUCAGACUUUCGUUUUUAUAACUAUUGACUUAAAUGUGGCAAAUAGCUUUCUCAUUUCCAUUUUAUUUUCAUCUGAAAAUAUUAUUUCAUCUUAUGAUAUAUGCUUGUUUAAAUUCUUAGGGUAACAGCUUAUUGAUAUUUCGAAAACAAUACAGAUUUCCUUUGGAAACAUUUUUAAUGGCUCUAUAUUUAUUUCCUAAUUUUCGGUAAUUUAUAUUUUUUUUUAAAUGUUGAGUUUAAAUUAUCAAUAGUUGGUGAAUUA